AUGUCCGACUACGACAGUUAUGCUACUCCAUUGUCUUCUAGAUAUGCUUCUAAAGAAAUGUCAACAACUUUCUCUUUGAGAAACAGAUUUUCCACAUGGAGAAAGCUGUGGCUAAAUUUAGCCAUUGCUGAAAAGGAAUUAGGCCUAAACGUUGUCACUGAUGAAGCCAUUGAACAAAUGCGUCAACACAUUGAAAUCACUGAUGAUGAGAUCGCAGAAGCCUCUGCUCAAGAAGCUAUUGUGAGACACGACGUUAUGGCCCAUGUCCAUACUUUCGGUCAAACUUGCCCAGCUGCUGCAGGUAUCAUCCAUUUAGGUGCUACUUCCUGUUUCGUUACAGACAAUGCUGAUUUGAUUUUCCUCAGAGACGCUUACGACAUCAUUAUCCCAAAACUUGUUAAUGUUAUUAACAGAUUGGCUAAGUUUGCUAUGGAAUACAAGGACUUGCCAGUUUUAGGUUGGACUCAUUUCCAACCAGCACAAUUGACCACUUUGGGUAAAAGAACCACCCUAUGGAUACAAGAGUUAUUGUGGGAUUUAAGAAAUUUUGAAAGAGCCAGAAAUGAUAUUGGAUUACGUGGUGUUAAAGGUACUACCGGUACUCAAGCAUCUUUCUUAGCGUUAUUUCACGGUAACCACGACAAGGUUGAAGCCCUAGACGAAAGAGUCACUGAAUUAUUGGGAUUCGACAAGGUGUAUCCAGUCACUGGUCAAACCUACUCAAGAAAGAUCGACAUCGACGUCUUGGCUCCUUUAUCUUCCUUUGCUGCUACCGCACACAAAAUGGCUACUGAUAUAAGAUUAUUGGCCAAUUUGAAAGAGGUUGAAGAACCUUUCGAAAAAUCACAAAUUGGUUCCUCUGCUAUGGCCUACAAGAGAAAUCCAAUGCGUUGCGAAAGAGUUUGCUCUUUAGCUAGACAUCUAGGUUCUUUAUUCAAUGAUACAGUUCAAACUGCAUCUGUUCAAUGGUUCGAAAGAACCCUAGAUGAUUCUGCUAUUAGAAGAAUUUCUUUACCAAGUGCAUUUUUAACUGCCGAUAUUCUAUUAUCUACUCUAUUGAAUAUUUCAUCUGGUUUGGUCGUGUAUCCAAAGGUUAUUGAAAGAAGAAUCAAAGGUGAACUACCUUUCAUGGCUACUGAAAAUAUUAUCAUGGCUAUGGUGGAAAAGAAAGCUUCGAGACAAGAAGUACACGAGCGUAUUAGAGUGCUUUCCCAUCAAGCAGCUGCAGUGGUAAAGGAAGAAGGUGGUGAAAAUGACUUGAUUGAACGUGUAAAGAAUGAUAAAUUUUUCCAACCAAUCUGGGAAGAAUUGGAUUCUUUACUGGAACCAUCUACUUUCGUUGGAAGAGCUCCACAACAAGUCGAAAAAUUUGUUCAAAAAGAUGUUACCAACGCCUUGAAACCUUUCCAAAAGUAUUUAAACGAUGAACAAGUUAAGUUGAACGUUUAA